AUGCAGGCAUCGGCGAUGAUAGGUGUUUUGGCUUUCUGGCUGUUUACAAUGACAGUUGCAGAUCAGAGGGGGGAGGAGGAGUACAACAUUACGUCUAGAGAUGCACCCGAGGCACAGGCAAGGAAAAAAGGGGACCACAGAACCAUUCGAAAAAAGUUGCAAGAUGCUGGUGUAUUGAGAGUGUCAGAAGAACAAGACUUAGUGCCACUUAUUGAGUACAUGAACGGUUCUGUGUCAGGACAAUACAUUGCUCGACUACUGCCUGGUGCAAACUACGGUCGAAUCCGUAGAAUCAUCAAAGGAGCUGGACGAAGACAACAAGUUAAGUUUGAUAAAGACAAGGAUUUCGUCAUUCUGCGAAAAAUAAGUAAAAGCAACCUCCACGCUCUGCGACAACUCACCAAUGUCAUUGCGGAAAUUGAACAGGACGUUAAGUUAGAACUAAGCACUGAAUACUGCAAAUCCUAUAUAUUAUGGUUUUCUGGAAGAUAUUAUUGGGGGUUGGAUGCUCUUGAUGGUGAUGCAUACAAUGCCAAGUAUAACAUCUGGGGCGAUGGAGAGGGAAUAGAUGUAUAUGUGGCAGACACAGGCAUCAAUCCAAACCACGAAGAUUUCACAGGGAGAGUUACUAUUGGCUGGCCGACAUCUACAAGUGUUGACGACGAUGGUCAUGGUACCCACGUGGCCAGUAUCAUUGGGGGAACCAAUUCUGGUGUGGCAAAGAGUGCUAACAUCAUUUCCCUGAAGGUUUGCUCAGAUUAUGGAUGCCCUGUUUCCGGUAUAUUGAAUGCUUGUCUGUGGGCAAAACAAAGAGUGCAAAGCUCUGGGCGACUCUCCGUUAUUAACUUCAGUCUUGGUGCGUCGUUCAUCAGGUCUCUGAACGACGCAGUCGAUGAUCUACUCGCAGCGGGAAUCCCCGUAAUUGUUUCAGCUGGUAAUGCCAAUGCAGACGCUUGCACUGAUUCUCCAGGUAGCACGGCCAAUGCCCUCACUGUCGGAGCGUUUAAUGAGGACUUUGAAAAGGCUAGUUUCAGCAACUAUGGUCCUUGCGUAGAUCUUUACGCCCCGGGUGAGAGUAUCGAAGCUGCUGACUUCUCUGGAAACAAUAAAUAUACUACUAAGAGAGGCACCUCCAUGGCAGCUCCGUUUGUGACCGGCGCCGUGGCUGCCUUGUUGCAGGUCCUUAGAGAUGACGGGACUAUCAGCUCACCCUCUGCCCAGGUCGUCAACUACACCAAUGAGUACAUUAUACAGUACGCAUUGGCUGGACAACUUACGGGUGUCAGAGGGGCCAAUUUAGCUUUGUCUACUCCAUGCUUCGUUAUUUGA